UCUUCUUCUUCUUCCUGUUUUUGUCGGUUCCUUCAACGACUUGAGGUCAUAGCUUCAUCUCCCACUUUCCAUUUUUCGUCACCGACCCUUUCCUCUUUCAUCGGUUCCCUUAUUCCUGUCUGAUUUCUCCGGCUAGAUGUAGGUUAGAUUCCCUUGUUUGCAGUAUCAAUCCGUAAUUUCGAAGAAAACCUUUUAUUGUUCGAUUCCUUUUCUGGGUUUUGAAAAAUCUUUUUGGGGCUUUCUCAUUUUGUUUCAAUUUCUGAACUUCUCUCGAGGUAUUAUUGGUUUUGUUUGACUUUUUGUGCGUGAAUACGGUGGACCUGCAAACCGGACAAGGAGAUUCAUGUUCCGGGAAACCAUGUAAGAAGUGUGCAAACUCAUGAUCUGCCGGAAAAAGAUCGAUCCUUUUUCAUGGGUUAGGUUAAUGUCUUUGAUCUUGUCUGUAUAUCCGGUAGUUCGUAUUUAGUCAUACGAGGUUUUGUGUAUAUGGUGCUGGGUUUUGUGGGAAUGUUAUGAAAUAUGACAUUCCCUCAGACUAGGGUUUGACAAAUUCCUUAUCAAUCUGAAAUGGGUAUCUGGUGUUCUAAAUUCAAUCUGCCUAUUAAAAUCUUUGGAUUGGAUAGAAGUCGAAUGGGAGAGGCCUUGAAUAUUCUCAAAAUCUAGACUUCUCUUGGGAUCAUUGAUAAAAAAGCCUUUGAGACUUGAAGUGAUAUUCUGAAAGAUGGCUGCUUCAAUUGAGCCCCCAUCUUCUCUAAGCUUCACCUCAUCUCACUUGUCCAAUGGCUCUAAUGGCACCAACCAGUCAUCUCUGUUACACAACAGCUCGGCUGCUAAUCUCGAGGUCGCUAGUCUCAGCAAGCUUAGCUCCAAUCUGGAGCAGCUUCUCAUCGACUCAGAUUGUGGUUACAGUGACGCUGAAAUCAUCAUCAAUGGCGUUUCAGUGGGUGUUCAUAGAUGUAUUUUGGCUGCCAGAAGCAAGUUUUUCCUCGAGUUGUUCAAGAAAGAAAACAAAGGGGCGGCAUCCGGGAAACCCAACUAUCAUAUGAAAGAGUUACUGCCUUUUGGACACGUGGGACAAGAGACAUUCUUGCAUUUCUUGAACUAUAUCUAUACUGGAAGGUUGAAGCCUUUUCCUAUGGAGGUGUCCACUUGUGUAGAUACAGUUUGUGCCCAUGAUUCCUGUAGGCCCGCCAUUGAUUUUGCUGUGGAACUGAUGUAUGCUUCAUCUGUGUUCCAAGUCCCGGAGCUGGUUUCAUCUUUUCAGCGGAGACUUUGUAACUUUGUGGAGAAGUCUCUCGUGGAGAACGUCCUUCCUAUCCUCUUGGUAGCUUUCAAUUGUAAGUUGGCUCUGCUUCUUGAUCAGUGUGUUGAGAGAGUGGCGAGGUCCGAUCUUGACAGAUUCUGCAUCGAGAAGGAACUUCCUUUCGAAGUGUCUGAAAAGAUUAAACAGCUUCAACUCAAGUCUCCACAUGACGAGGAGGACAAUACUCCCGAGGUGUCUGAAAAAUUGCUAAAGAAAAUCGGGGCAAUACACAAGGCAUUAGACUCGGAUGAUGUUGAACUCGUGAAACUUUUGUCUUCUGAAUCAGAUAUAUCUCUAGACCAAGCCAAUGCUCUGCAUUACGCAGUUGCAUACUGUGACCCGAAAGUUGUGGCCGGAAUUCUUUCUCUAGAUAUGGCUGAUGUGAACUUGAGAAAUUCUCGGGGUUAUACUGUCCUCCAUUUCGCUGCAAUGCGUAAGGAGCCAUCCAUCAUCAUAUCACUUCUGAAAAAAGGCGCAAAUGCAUCGGAUUUGACACUUGAUGGACGCAAUGCCGUCAAUAUAUGUAGGAGGCUGACAAGGCCUAAAGAUUACCAUGUCAAAUUGGAGAAGGGGCAGGAAUCUCAUAAAGACCGGAUUUGCAUUGAUAUCAUGGAAAGGGAAAUUAGGAGGAACCCGAUGGCUGGUGAUAUACCAACAUGUUCCCAUUCAAUGCCCGAGGAUCUCCAAAUGAGGCUUUUAUACCUAGAAAAGCGAGUUGGGCUUGCUCAGUCAUUCUUUCCGGCGGAAGCCAAAGUGGCUAUGGACAUCGCCAAUGUUGAGGGUACGUUUAAGUUCACGGGUCUUCCACCAUCAUCAAAAGGGUCGACCGGGAAUUUAACACAGGUUGACUUGAAUGAAACACCUCAUAUGCAAACAAAAAGGCUUCGUGCUCGGAUGGAAGCUCUCAUGAAAACUGUUGAGACGGGACGGAGGUAUUUCCCGUAUUGCUCAGAGGUUCUGGACAAGUACAUGGAUGAUUAUAUGGACGACGAUUUCACUGAAAUGUUACACCUCGAAAAGGGCUCUCCUCGGGAGAGAAGAUUAAAGAGGAUGAGGUAUAAGGAACUGAAGGAAGAUGUCCAAAAGGCAUAUAAAAAAGACAAAGAGGCCAAGAUUGCUCGGUCUUGCCUUUCUGCUUCAUCCUCUGCUUCUUCUUUAAGAGAUGCCCUGAAGAACAUAACGUGAAGGGUGAGACAAGUCAGAUCUUUAAAGAAUAUGGUGUUCUGUAGGUUUUUUUUCUUCUUCUUUUUUCUUGGCUCUUUGGUGGUGAGAGGAAAGUGUGAAGUCUCAUUUUGGUAAUCAGACAGAAUUAUACAGAUACUUAGGUACAGUUGUAAUAAAGGAGAAGGAUCUAGAAAUGCAUUAGGGGGACUAUCAGGAUGUUAUUUGUUAAUGCAGGAGCUUUCUAACCA